CCUCUCUUCCUUCUCAUUCCUUCCCAACUUUCAUUGAAACCCAUCAACCCAUAAAUCCAUCCGAGAUGGUCUUAUCGAACCGAAAGCUGAAGCAGCAGCUCAGGGAGAAGAUAUCCGAUUCGUUACUGACAUUCGAAAUCGUCAAGUCCGACCCGUCAAGCAAUGACGGGUCUGCAAACCCUGACCCGAAUCCGCAGCAGCCCCAAUCGCUGCGGGCGCUUCUGGGCUCGGCGACCCCGAAGCCCAGCCUGUCGAAGCGAGCUAAACGGAGAAAGCUCGCCGCUUUGCGUGGUCCGGCGGCGAGCGGCGGCGGAGAUUUGGGGGAGAACGAUGGGGUGGAAAAGACUGAAGCUUUGGGGUUGGAGGGAAAUGGGAUUUUGAAGAAGGAAAAUGGGUCGGAGAGUAAGAAGAAGAAGGAGAAGAAGGAGAAGAAGAGGAAGAGAGAUGAGGAAGAGAAGAGUGGAGAUUUGGGUUUAGAGGGAAAUGGGGAUUUGGAGAUUGGGGAUGAGAGUUUGGGGAAGGAAAAGAAGAGGAAGAUAGAUGAGGAAGAGAAGAGUGAGGAUUUGAGUUCAGAGGGAAAUGGUGUGGGUGUGAAGGAGGAGGGUAAGAAGCCGAAGAAGAAGAAGCCUAAGUGGAAGAAGAAGAAGGAGGUUAAGAGUGAGGAGGAGAAGGGGUUUGAAGUUGUGAGGGAAGAGCAAAGUGUCAAUCAGACUGAUAAGGAAACUGAAAGGCAAGAAAAUGGGGAAGUUGCGACGAAAGUUUAUGUUGGAGGGAUUCCUUAUUACUCGACGGAGGAUGAUAUUCGAAGUUUCCUUGAAAGUUGUGGCUCCAUUACUGAGGUUGAUUGUAUGAGGUUUCUUGACAGUGGGAAGUUCAAAGGAAUUGCCAUUAUUAGCUUUAGGACCGAAGCAGCAGCUAAACGAGCCUUGGCUCUUGAUGGAGCUGACAUGGGUGGUCUGUUUCUGAAAAUUUUGCCUUACAAAUCUACUCGGGUUAAUAAAGUAGUCAAUAAAGUAUCUGAUUUUGCCCCAAAAAUUGUGGAGGGCUACAAUAGAAUCUACGUUGGAAAUUUGUCGUGGGAUAUCACUGAGGACGAACUGAGGAAGCUUUUCUCAGAUUGCAAGAUAUCGUCUAUCAAUUUUGGCAUGGAUAAGGAAACAGGAGAAUUCCGAGGCUAUGCCCAUGUGGAAUUUUCUGACAGUCUCUCACUGACGAUGGCAUUGAAGUUGGAUCAGAAGGUUGUGCUUGGGAGACCUGUCAAGAUAAGCUGUGCAGUUCCUCUGAGAAAAUCAGGGAUCCAUCCCAAGUCCGUAUCUACAAGUACUGGUACCCUUUCCGAGGCUGUAGCUACUACUGCUAGUGCAGGAGCUGAUAACGAUGGGUUGAGUGCCAUCAGUGGUAAGCUCAAGAGAAGGACCUGCUAUGAGUGUGGUGAAAAGGGCCACGUUUCUUCUCUUUGUCCACUGAAGCGACAAGUGAAUACUGUGAAUGCAACAGAUACUAAUGCAUCCUAUACAAAGCCUGUAAUGACUACAGGUAUGCUUUUGGAGUCUGUAACAAAAACUACUGAAGCUGCUAAUACUGAGUUGAGUUCUGUUAGUGGUAAGACUAAGAGAAGGACAUGCUACGAGUGUGGUGAGAAGGGCCAUGUUUCUACAGCUUGUCCACAGAAGCAAUCUGCUGGUGCAGUAACAGAUAGCAAUGCCACCCCUACAACGCCUGUACAUACAAUUACAAGCCCUGUAUUGGAGCCCAUAGCUAUACCUUCAAGUACAGGAGUUGAUAAUACUGGGUUAAAUUCCAUCAGUGGUAAGAUUAAGAGAAGAACAUGUUACGAAUGUGGGGAAAAGGGUCAUGUAUCUACAGCUUGCCCAAACAAACAAUAUGCUCAUCCAAUAGAGACCACUGCAAGUCAUACAAAGCAAGUACUUACAACUCCAACUCCCCUUCUGGAGUCUGCAUCCACAACUACAGGUACAGAACCCGAUAAUGCUGGGUUGAGCUCUAUGAGUGGUAAGAUUAAGAGAAGGACAUGCUAUGAGUGUGGUGAAAAGGGCCAUAUAUCUUCAGCUUGUCCAAAGAAACAAUCUGUUGAUAACAAUGCAAGCUGAUAACUUGAGCAUGUCACUGGGUCCUAUGGUUGUCAUUCAUUUGUAUUCCUAUUCAUUAUAUUUAGGUAAACCAGAUUGCGCAUCUUCCACACUACUAUUGUUUAUGAAUUGGCUGAAAAAGCUGCAUGGGGGUUUUGCUAGUGAGAGCAAUACUGUGAAUCUGUGAUGUUAAAUGACUUAAAUCAGCUUAC